CAAGAGCGGAAGCCUCACUCAGUGCCAACUGUUUGUCUGGAGACAAUAGAGCUGUUUCCCCCUUUCUGACAACAACAUGAAGCUGCUGAAAUGCAUUUUAAUCAUCCAACUGAGCUGUCUUUGUCUAGGCCCAACUGAUUGUCAGGUGAGAGCAGAGGGAAACUAUUCAGGAGCGGUAAUACAAGAGGAAUUCAACAGUGACCCUUACAUUCACAGACUCUCUGGUAACUGCAGCUUCACACUGAGGAUGGGUGGAAACAGGAGCAGUGAUGUGGUGGCUUUACCAGCAGACUCUUUGGAUGAGCUGGCUGAACAGAUGUGUAAGGAUCUGGACUGUGGCAGCAUCUUUCAAGUGAAUAAAACCAGCUCCCCUCCCAAUGCCACCUGCUUCCACGACUGUUUGUACCAAGAUGGUCUUUUGCAAAACUGUUCACAGAGUGAGGGAGGUAACUGCUCUGUGCUCGCUGAAGCUGUCUGUGGCCGCCGGGCUGUGCGGCUGGCCGGGGGCUCAGGUCGCUGUGCAGGGCGGGUGGAGCUGUGGAGAAAUGGAGAGUGGGGCACCGUGUGUGACGACCAGUGGGACCUGCGGGAUGCCGACGUGGUGUGUGCUCAGCUCGGCUGCGGAUACGCUCUCAGUGUGACGGGACAGGGCGGCUCCUUCCCCCCGGGCAGAGGACCCGUCCACCGGGACGAGCUGAACUGCACCGGCCGAGAGGAGAGCCUGUGGGACUGUCCGGCCUCACAGGAAGAGUCGGACUGCGGACACAAAGAGGACGCUGGGGUCGUAUGCUCAGAGAUGAGAGCAGUCCGUCUGACUGGAGGUCAGGACCGCUGCUCUGGUAAAGUGGAGAUCCACCGUAAUGGCAGCUGGGGAACGCUGUGUGAUAACUGCUGGAAUAAAGACAUGUCCUCCAUGGUGUGCGCCAUGCUUCAGUGUGGCACUGAGCCAGAGAAAUUCACCCAGUUUGUUCCUCCUCUCGCCCACAACAACGGGACACUGUGGUUCUAUUCAUGCAAAAACGUGCAGAAUAUGUGGCAGUGCAGCGAGUACGUCAACAAAACACACCUGUGCAUUUCCUCAAAAGCCUCUGGCGUCAUCUGUAAGGGUUCCCUGGGUUUUGCUGAAGCCACCACAGCAGCUGGGUCAACUGUAAUGACCAAUUGGACUACUGGUGUGACCUCAGUCAGUCUUACAGAAGGCUUCUCCUUCCCGUCUCCAGAGCUGCUCAGCACCAUGGCUCUGGCUCUCCUGCUCCUCGUGGUGCUCAUUACCAACUCAGUGCUGUGCUGCCAUUACAGGAGGAGACACGCGUUCUUGCUCCAGCAGACACGCAGCAACCCCCGAAUCCCCUCUGAACAUCAUAACAACAGCUACCAGGACUCCGUCGACCUCGUCAAGGUCACUCCCAACCCACUGCAGAACAAAGUCCCCUCCAAUCCCAGGUAUCUGUGGACCCAGCAUAGUAGUGUUGACAGCUCGUCAGUAGAUACAGACUAUGAGCAGUAUGAGCAAAGCAAUGACCCGUCUGUCCCUUUAUCCACCUUUCGGAAUUCUCAGAGGUUCAGAACAGAAGUGAACCCUUUCAUGAGGCCUGCAGGUCUCCACAGCCUCUCUGAGGAAGAAGAAGUGAUGGGAACGUUUUCCGGCUGUAUCGGCGACGCAGACGCUCCGUACGCCAGAGUGUCGAAGAUGAUCUCAGUGGACUCGUUUGAUACGUCCAGCACCUCCUCAGGGGAGUGCUACGAGAACACCAGCAACAACUACGUCACCUUGCCCCCCGAACCAGAGCCGGGUCAGUCGUCUGGUGUCAGCGAAACCUGCAGAGAUCAGAUGAUGAAGGAGACAGCCCCAUCUACUCUACAAAACCUCUCAUCUGAUGAUGACUACGAUGACAUCGACACCUUGGAGUAACCGGAGGAGGUUACAUCUACUGAAACCGAGUGGGACUGAAGCUGCACACUGCACUGAAAAUAACAUGUACUUUAAGACCAAACACCUGUUUAAACUGAGAAAUGCCAAGGAGAUGUAUAGUUAUAAAGAAGUCUAUACAUUGAGGUUAAAACCUGGAUAUACUUGAUUAAAACAGGGGAAUCUAGGGUACAUAUUUUAGCAGCAUUUAAAUGUCUCUGUUAUGUGCAGUAGUUAACAUUGAAAAGCCUUUGAUUAAAGAGGAAAAUGUGGCGUCAGCAUAUAAAAAUGUUCUUUUCUACCACAUUCUGACCCAGAUUUCAUGACCAAUUGUUGACCUGUUGUGAACCACUAUAAUAAGUUCAAUGUACUUACCGUGAUUAACUCCCUGUAAGUAAUCCAUCAUUAUGAACAUGGUGUUGCCUUUUUAGCCUGUUGUCAGAACAAACUGUUUGAAAAGACUUUAAUUGUUCUUUUCAUGAUGCUCAGACGUCCAUUGAGAUUUGGCUCUGAAAGCAUCACCCUCAUGCAUUCCUGAUCAAAAAGAAAACCAGGGGACAAAUGAGAGGAAUGUGGAUGUUUUGAAAAGGCCACCGGAAAUUAAAAACAUUGUUCAUAGACCGAGAGGGUGGGUAUCAUUUGAGAGGAAAUCUACAUUUUAAACAACUCAAGGUCAGAACAACUCUGAGAAGUAUGAGUAUAACAAUCUGUGGGGUG